ACAGGCAUGCACAAUAGUGCCCAGCCCCCCUUGCUUUCUAUCAGUUCUUUAUCGAUCUCAGGGCCUGCAUUCCCCUUCUUUGCAUUCUCUUACCUCUCCUACUCUGUCCUUACCUAUCUUGUCUGUUGGGACGAUCUCCUGCCUCGCCUCUUUGCUGCUAGUUUCAUUCAUUUCUAUGCCAAAAUAAACCUGGAGCACAGUUCUCACAUUGCAGCCCGUGUUAAAAACAAACAGCUAAAUAAACUUUAAACCUUAUUUGAUUCCUUGGCUGCGAAGUUCAAGAUUUUCUGAAACUGACCUCACCUCUCCUUUGGGUCUGUGCUUCCACUACUUUCAUACUCUUCUGCUUUGUCUCCCCACUCUUUCUUCCUUUCCACCUAUGUGCUUUAAGAUCCACAUUAAAAUUUCACUUCAUUUUCUCAACUCUACCCUACUCUGCAUGGCUUAGAAUUUUUUAUAUCUUUUGUAUAAGUUAGUACGUACUCCUAAAUAUAAUUUUUUAGUCUAUUUUCAAUUUCUUACUGAAUUACAAACUAUCUUAGUGCAGAUGCUGGGUUAAGUGUAUCUUUAGAUAUUCUCUUCAAUGUUCUGUAGCAGUGCUUUGCACAUAGUAGGUGCUCAGUAAAAGUUUGUGGUAUAAUAAGACAGGGUCCUUUUGAAGUAGCUGAUGGGCUUCUCCAAUAGCCUCCCGAAGGUCGCUUCUCAGUGGGUGGAAAUGCUGUGGUUUUGUCUUCGCAGAGUCAGACAUCUUUUCUUUCGGCCCUGUAGGGGAGGCAGAGCUUUCAGACUCAGCCGAUGGGUCCCAGUGCCUGUGCCUGUGAAGGGCUCCAGCCAGUGCCUGCUGAACUCAGUCCCGUGCCUUGGCCCCUCGGCCCCUCCCCACAAAUACUGGCGUAACAGGGGAUUAGGUUCUGGCAGCACAGCUGGGGUUUUGGCGGCCAUUCCACAGUCGACAAUAGCACGCAGCCACCAGGCAGGACCGCGCGGGGCUGCACUCCAGGGCCGGAUCUGCCGGGGCUUCUCGUUUGGGUGGCCGAGGGGGAGGAGCGGGCACGGCGCCGCAUCCUGGCCGUGCCACGCAGAAGGUGCGCUGGAGUGACUUUCUGGUUUCACCAAGAUGACGCUCCACGCCACCCGGGCAGCUGCACUCCUCUCUUGGGUGAACAGUCUGCGCGUGGCUGACCCUGUGGAGGCCGUGCGGCAGCUCCAGGACUGCAACGUGUUCAUCAAGAUCAUUAACAGCAUCCAUGGCACUGAAGAGGGGCAGCAAAUCCUGCAGCAGCCGGUGCCAGAGAGACUGGACUUUGUGUGUGGUUUCCUGCAGAAAAAUCGAAAACGUCCCUCUUCCCCAGAAUGCCUUGUGUCUGUGCAGAAGGUGAUGGAUGGAUCAGAGCUGGAGCUGGCCAAGAUAAUCAUGCUGCUCUUGUACCACUCGUCCAUGAGCUCCCAAAACCUCCGUGACUGGGAACAGUUUGAAUAUAGGAUUCAGGCUGAGUUAGCAGUCAUCCUUAAGUUUAUGCUGGACCAUGAGGAUGGGCUGAACCUUACAGAGGACCUAGAGAUCUUCUUGAAGAAAGUUCCUGUCUCUUCCACCUGUUCCAGUACCUUCUCGGAAGAGCUGUCUCCACCCAGCCACCAGGCCAAGAGGGAGGUUCGCUUCCUAGAGCUACAGAAGGUUGCCUCUUCCAGUGGGAACAACACAGAAAUUAAGGCAUGGAGAAGGGAGAAGGAGUUUUCUCCAGGUCCUGUCAUGAGGCACGAGAUAGCACUGCAGACAGAACCCAGCUUCGUCUCAGGUUCUCCAGCCUCUCCCGUGGGUGACAUCCUGCAGACGCCACAGUUUCAGAUGAGACGGCUGAAGAAGCAGCUUGCAGAUGAGAGAAACAAUAGAGAUGAGCUAGAGCUGGAGCUGGCUGAGCACCGCAAGCUCCUCACCGAGAAGGAUGCACAGAUAUCCAUGAUGCAGCAGCGCAUUGACCGCCUUGCUCUGCUGAACGAGAAGCAGGCAGCCGGCCCUCUGGAGCCCAGGGAACUUGAGGAGCUGCGGGGCAAGAAUGAAAGCCUCACCUUGCGGCUGCAUGAGACUCUAAAGCAGUGUCAGGACCUGAAGACAGAGAAGGGCCAGAUGGACCGCAAAAUUAACCAGCUUUCUGAGGAGAAUGGGGACCUGUCUUUUAAGUUGCGGGAGUUUGCCAGUAACCUGCAGCAGCUCCAGGGCGCCCUCAAUGAAGUGACUGAGGAGCACAGCAAGGCCACUCAGGAGUGGGUGGAGAAGCAGGCCCACCUGGAGAAGGAGCUUGGCACAGCCCUGCAGGACAAGAAAUGCCUUGAAGAGAAGAAUGAAAUUCUUCAGGGGAAACUUUCUCAGCUGGAAGAACGUUUGGCCCAGCUGCCAGAGACCCCACCUCGGGGUGAGGUGCUGGGUGACGUCUUGCAGCUGGAAACGCUGAAGCAAGAGGCAGCCACUCUUGCUACAAAUAACACCCAGCUCCAAGCCAGGGUGGAAACGCUGGAGAGUAAGCAGGUUCAGAAGGAAGCCCAGCUGCUGGCUGAGCGGAGCCGCUUUGAAGAAGAAAAGCAGCAACUGGCCAGUGUGAUUGCCGACCUGCAGAGCUCCGUCUCCAACCUGAGCCAGGCCAAGGAGGAGCUGGAGCAGGCCUCUCAGGCUCAGGGUGCCAAGCUGAGUGCUGAGGUGGCCUCUCUGACUGCAGAACUCACUACACUCAAUGCCACCCUCCAGCAGCAGGAUCAAGAACUGACUGGCCUAAAGCAGCAGGCCCAAAAGGAGCAGGCCCAGCUAGUACAGACGCUCCAACAGCAAGAACAGGCCUCCCAGGGCCUCCGCCAGCAAGUAGAGCAGCUCAAUGGCAGCCUGAAGCAGAAGGAGCAGGAGUUGGAAGAGGCAGCCAAGAAGCUGGAGAGCAGCAGGCAGGACCACGCCCAGGAACUGGCCAUUGCCGCCAAGGCACACGAGGCCUCCUUGCGGGAGCGGGAUGCAGCUUGCCAGCAGCUGGAGACAUUGAAGAAGGAGGAGGCUGCCAAGUUGGAGAUUCUGCAACAGCAACUUCAGGCUGCUAAUAAAGCCCAGGACAGUGCCCAAGACUCAGUGACCCAGGUCCAGAAGGAGAAAGCAGAGCUGAGCCAAAAAGUGGAGGAACUCCACGCCAGCAUUGAGGCAGCCCACCAGGAGCAGCGUGAGGCUGAGGCCCAGGUGGCAACAUUAGAGGCCCAGCUGAAGGCUGAGCAGCAGAAAGCAACUGAGAGAGAAAGUGUAGCCCAGGAGAAGGCCCAGCUCCAGGAGCAGCUCCAGGCCCUUGAGGAAUCCUUGAGGAUCACCAAGGGCAGCCUCGAAGAGGAGAAAUCCAGAGCUGCAGCUGCCCUGGAAGAGCAGCAGCGCUGUAUCUCUGAAAUGGAGGCAGAGUCCCGAAGCCUUGCAGAACAACAUAAGCAGGAACAGAAGGAGCUGGAAGAAGAGAAGGCGAAGCGCAGGGGGCUGGGCAUACAGUUACAGCAGCUUAGGGAGACCCAUCAGGCGGAGGCCAAAGCCCUGAAACAGGAGCUGGCAAAGGCCAGAACCUCCAAGAGCCUCGCUGAGAAGGAGGUUGAUCUGCUCGUCAAGGAAGUUAAAACCUGGCGGAGGCAAUGCGAAGAUAGCCAGCAAGGGCUGGCCCAACUUGGUCUGCAGGAACAGCUGACGACCCUGAAGGAAGAGUAUGAGAAGACCUGCCGGGAGCUGCAGGAGACAAAGGAGAAGAUGGCAGGGAUAGAGGCCCACAGUGAGCUCCAGAUAGGCCAGCAGCAGAGUGAGCUAGCCCAGCUCCAUGCAAGCCUUGAUAGAGCUAUUCAGCAGGUCCAGGAGAAAGAGGACAGGGCCCAGAAGCUGGCAGAUGACCUCUCCACUCUGCAGGAGAAGAUGGCUGCCACCAGCAAGGAAGUGGCCCGUCUAGAGGCCCUGGUGCGCAAGGCAGGUGAGCAGCAGGAGACAGCCCCCCGUGAACUACUCAAGGAGCCCCCGAGGGCCAGAGACAGAGAGUCUGAGUGGCUGGGACAGCAGCCCUACAGCACACAGGCAGCGCUUCGAGCCAUGGAGCGGGAGGCAGAGCAAAUGGGCACUGAGCUGGAGAAGCUGCGGGCAGCAUUGAUGGAGAGCCAGGGCCAGCAGCAGGAGGAGCGUGGGCAGCAGGAGAGGGAGGUGGCACGGCUAACCCAGGAGCGGGGCCAGGCCCAAGCUGACCUGGUCCUGGAGAAGGCAGCCAAAGCAGAGCUUGAGAUGAGGCUGCAGAACACGCUCAACGAACAGCGAGUGGAGUUUGCUGCCCUGCAAGAGGCGCUGUCCCGUGCCCUGACGGAAAAGGAGGGCAAAGAGCAGGAGCUGAGCAAGCUUCGUGAGCAGGAGGCAGUCCAAAGAACGGAGCUGAGGGAGCUUCAGCAGACUGUGGAGCAGCUAAAGGCACAGUUGGCUAAGAAGGAAAAGGAACACCAGCAGUCAGCAGGGAUGGCCGGUGGAGAGAACGCGUCAGGCAUGGGAACCCAGUCUGAGGCUGCUGGAAAGACAGAGGCACCAGGCCCUGAGCAGGAGGUGCUGCAGGCAGAGGUGAGCAAGCUGGAGCAGCAGUGCCUGCAGUGGCAGGAGGAGGCCGACAGCCUGGCUCGUGGUCUAGAGUCGGAGCGCGCCACCCGUUUGGAGCAGGACAGGAUCUUGGAGGCUCUGCAGCACCAGUUAGAGGAGAAGGUCCGGGAGCUGGGGCACAGGCAGGCUGCCUCAGACUCAGCCCAGAGGGAGCUGGCCGCCCUCCGAGCCAAGGCCCAAGACCAUAGCAAGGCUGAGGAGGAGUGGAAGGCCCAGGUGGCCCGGGGCCAGCAGGAGGCCGAGAGAAAAAGCAGCCUCAUUAGCAGUUUGGAGGAGGAAGUGUCCAUCCUGAACCGCCAGGUCCUGGAGAAGGAAGGGGAGAGCAAGGAGUUGAAGCGGCUGGUUAUAGCCGAGUCAGAGAAGAGCCAGAAGCUGGAAGAGAGGCUGCGUUUGCUCCAGGCAGAGACAGCCAGCAACAGUGCCAGAGCUGCAGAACGUAGCUCCGCUCUCCGCGAGGAGGUGCAGAGCCUCCGGGAGGAAGUAGAGAAACAGCGCUCGGCUUCAGAGAACCUGCGGCAGGAGCUGGCCUCGCAGGCAGAGCGAGCCGAGGAGCUGGGCCAAGAAUUGAAGGCAUGGCAAGAGAAGUUCUUCCAGAAGGAACAGGCCCUCUCUGCACUGCAGCUGGAGCACACCAGCACACAGGCCCUGGUGAGUGAGCUGCUGCCUGCCAAGCACCUCUGCCAGCAGCUGCAGGCUGAGCAGGCAGCUGCCGACAAGCGCCACAGAGAGGAGCUGGAGCAGAGCAAGCAGGCAGCUGGUGGGCUGCGGGCGGAGCUGCUUCGGGCCCAGCGGGAGCUUGGGGAGCUGGUGCCCCUGCGGCAGAAGGUGGCUGAGCAGGAGCGAGCAGCCCAGCAGCUGCGGGCGGAGAAGGCCAGCUAUGCAGAGCAGCUGAGCAUGCUGAAGAAGGCUCAUGGGCUGCUGGCAGAGGAGAACCGGGGGCUCGGGGAGCGUGCCAGCCUUGGCCGGCAGUUUCUGGAGGUGGAGCUGGACCAGGCCCGGGAGAAGUAUGUCCAAGAGUUGGCAGCUGUGCGUGCUGAUGCGGAGACUCGUCUGGCUGAGAUGCAGCAGGAAGCACAGAGCGCUACCCGGGAGCUGGAGGUGAUGACUGCCAAGUACGAGGGUGCCAAAGUGAAGGUCCUGGAGGAAAGGCAGCGGUUCCAGGAAGAAAGGCAGAAACUCACUGCCCAGGUGGAGCAGCUAGAGAUAUUUCAGAGAGAGCAGACUAAGCAGGUGGAAGAGCUGAGUAAGAAGCUGGCUGACUAUGACCAAGCCAGCAAGGUGCAGCAGCAAAAGCUCAAGGCUUUCCAGGCCCAGGGAGGUGAGAGCCAGCAGGAAGUGCAGCGCCUCCAGGCCCAGCUGAAUGAGCUGCAGGCGCAGCUGAGCCAGAAGGAGCAGGCAGCUGAGCAUUACAAGCUGCAGAUGGAGAAAGCUAAGACACAUUAUGAUGCCAAAAAGCAGCAGAACCAAGAAUUGCAGGAGCAGCUGCAGGGCCUGGAGCAGCUGCAGAAGGAGAACAAGGAGCUGCGGGCUGAAGCUGAACGGCUGGGACGGGAGCUGCAGCAGGCUGGGCUAAAGACCAAGGAGGCCGAGCAGAACUGCCGCCACCUCACUGUCCAGGUGCGCAGCCUGGAGGCACAGGUUGCCCAUGCAGACCAGCAGCUUCGAGAGCUGGGCAAAUUCCAGGUGGCAUCUGAUGCCUUAAAGAGCCGCGAGCUCCAUGCUAAACCCCAGCUGGACUUGAGUAUCGACAGCCUUGAUCUGAGCUGUGAGGAGGGGACCCCACUCAGCAUCACCAGCAAGCUGCCUCGUACCCAGCCAGAUGGCACCAGCGUCCCUGGAGAGCCAGCCUCACCCAUCUCCCAGCGCCUUCCCCCCAAGGUAGAAUCCUUGGAGAGUCUCUAUUUCACCCCCAUCCCUGCUCGGGGCCAGGCCCCCCUGGAGAGCAGCCUGGACUCCCUGGGGGAAGCCUUCCUGGACUCAGGCCGUAAGACACGCUCCGCUCGCAGGCGUACCACACAAAUCAUCAACAUCACCAUGACCAAGAAGCUAGACGUGGAGGAGCCAGACAGCGCCAAUUCAUCUUUCUAUAGCACACAGUCUGCCCCUGCUUCCCAGGCCAGCCUGCGAGCCACCUCCUCUACCCAGUCUCUAGCACGCCUGGGCUCUCCUGAUGAUGGUAACUCGGCUCUGCUCAGCCUGCCCGGCUACCGGCCCACCACUCGCAGCUCUACUCGCCGCUCCCAAGCUGGGGUGUCCAGUGGCGCCCCACCAGGAAGGAACAGCUUCUACAUGGGCACUUGCCAGGAUGAGCCUGAGCAGCUGGACGACUGGAACCGGAUUGCAGAGCUGCAGCAACGCAACCGAGUAUGCCCGCCGCACUUGAAGACCUGCUAUCCCCUGGAGUCCAGGCCCUCCCUUGGCCUGGCCACCAUCACAGAUGAGGAGAUGAAAACCGGAGACCCUCGGGAGACCCUGCGCCGAGCCAGCAUGCAGCCAGCCCAGAUCGCUGAGGGCGCUGGCAUCACCACUCGGCAGCAGCGUAAACGGGUGUCCUCAGAGACACACCAGGGUCCUGGCACCCCUGAGUCUAAGAAGGCCACCAGCUGUUUCCCACGCCCUAUAACCCCCCGGGACCGACAUGAAGGGCGCAAACAGAGCACUACUGAGACCCAGAAGAAAGCAGCUCCAGCUGUUCUCAAGCAGGCUGACCGGCGCCAGUCAAUGGCUUUCAGCAUCCUCAACACACCUAAGAAGCUAGGGAACAGUCUUCUUCGGCGAGGAGCCUCAAAGAAGGCCCCAGCCAAGGCCUCCCCCAACACCCGCAGUGGAACUCGCCGCUCUCCGCGCAUCGGCACCUCCACCACCAGUGCCGCCACUGCCACUCCUCGGGCCAAGGGCAAGGCAAAGCACUAAAGGGCCACUACCAGUGAUGGCCCCACCUGUGUUCCCAAUGCUGACCUCGCCUGGUCCCUUUCCUUCUGUCCCUCUCAGUGCCUUCUCAGCUCUCAGGCCAAUGGUGGCCAAACCCCUAGAGACAGUGAUGCCUACCCACACCCUGGCCUGGUACCUGGACCUUCACUGGUGCCUUCUCUGGCACGUUCUCAGAGCUGGCCCAGGAGGCUUGGAGCUUGGACUGUAUGGGACCCUCUCCCUACCUUGCCUCCUGAUCUGAUCGUGGAGCUAAGUCACUUCUCCAUCAUAACCAGAUUUGAGGCUGGCUAUGAGUGGCUGGAUCCUUGGGCCCAGCCAGUCUUCCUCUCAGCCUCUGGAUCUAGAAGGGACCACUGGAGGAGCAGGCUCUGGUUCCUGCAGCUGGUGGCUCAGCCUAGCAGAGGCCCUUGCUUUUGAAGGCCAGGACCAGGCAUGACCUGGUGUGAGCCCAUCCUGCCUCCCUUCCACCCAAGGGCACAGCUGCCCGGAGGAUGGCAGGACAGAUGGGUCCUGGAUCUCGGGGCGGGGGGCAGCCUUCAAUAGCAGCUCAUACCCCACCUUCCCCAGACCUGCACUGGGGUGGGAUCUGGAGUAAUGGGAAGGUUUUUAAGGGUCAGGGAUGGAUCUUUUCUAAAAUGUUAUUACUUGUAAAUAAAGUCUAUUUUUCUCCCUGGA